AUGGAAGCGCUUACGAAGCUCUUCAACAAAACUAUGUUUUGGCUGAAGGUUUAUUGUGGGUACGGCUACGUGAUGUCUGUGUUCAUUCAGUGUAUCCUUCUCAUGAUAACGGAGGUUGUUGUAGGGUUUCCCCUGUACGUUAUCUCGCGAUCGGCGUAUCAGUGGACAUUCCAACGAGUUACGGAGGUGUACAUGAUGUAUUUUCCAAUUAUGUUCUAUUAUUUGAUGGGUAAUAGAGUGGUGGAGACUGGUGAUGAGGUCGUUCCCAAUGAGAACGGACUGUUUGUUUUAAAUCACAGUCAUUUCUAUGACUUUCUUCCGAUUGUACUCACGGCGCCGCGUUGUGGGAGAAUUGGCGCGUUGAGAUUUUUCAUGAAGGAUGAAAUUAGAAAGAUCCCGAUAGUUGGGUUUGGAUUUUAUUUGAUGGAUACAAUUUACUUGAAAAGGAAUUUCGAGGAGGACAAACCCUAUAUUUUGGAAACCUUUAAAAGACUCAGAAAUAAGUACUACCCGUUCUGGCUUACAAUCUUCCCAGAGGGAACACGAGUGAAGCCAGACAAACUCAUUGAGUCUAAUAAGUAUUGCAAAGAGAACGGACUGCCACAGUUCAAAAAUUUGUUGCACCCACGACCAACUGGUGUUAUUGUUGCUCUCCAGCAAUUACGAAAGGUGAUUCCCUAUUUUUACGAUCUGACGUUGGGAUACCCAAGCAAGCCCACGGCGGCGUUGUGCUUCUUCCCUGGCGGUGGGAUGAACAUUCACAUGGAUGUCCAUCGUAUCGACAUGAAAGAUGUUCCCGAAGAUGACGAAGGGCUUAAAAAGUGGUUGAAUGAUUUAUGGAUCAGAAAGGAUGGUCUUGUUGAUUAUUUUAACGAGCACAAACAUUUUCCAGGAAAGGAACGAACAAUUCCUCUGGGUUUUACAUGGGCGGACUUUACUGGGUAUAUGACUCCCGAAUGCUUCACAAAGCCAUAA